AUGACAGAUUUGGAACUUCCAUUCCAAAAGAAGAGGUUAUUGGAGCAUUACAUAAGUCUCUUGAUGAAUUUCAGCCUGAAAUACAAUGAUGAUACAGAAGAAUAUUCUGCGUCUGGCUAUACAGAUGAUUUGGAUGAGAACCAAAAUGCGCCCAUCAAUUCCGAACGUAUCAUACUCAUCAUGUGCAUUACUGGAGUGUUUCUUCUGACAGUCAUCAGCAUUGACCGGAGCUUCCACUUAAAAAGAUUGUCAGGGGAUUACAAAAGCUUAAUGAUGAAUUCCAGCCCAGGGGAUCUGGAUGCUACAGACAACUAUUAUAGGUAUAACAAUACCAGUGAUUCAUAUAAGUACAAAGAAGAGACCAACCUUUUACAUCUAGGAUUGAUUCUUUGGCUAGUAAUUACUUUAAUUACCUGUUGUAUUGGAUUGGUGGGCAAUGGCUACAUCAUUUGGCUACUUGGCUUACAGAUUAAGAGAAACAGUUUCACCACAUUCAUCCUUAACUUGGCCAUUGCAGACUUUGGGUACCUCACAUCUGCAUUUAUAUAUAAUAUUCCUUCAUUUACCUAUUUUGAAGGAAGUGAAAUUUUCUACCACUUCUGUGCUCAUUUCGCCCAUGUGAUGUACAUCAAUGCAAACUUUCUUCUGACGGCCAUCAGCAUCGACCGGUGUGUUUGUGUCCUCUUCCCAAUCUGGCAUCGCUGUUCCCGGCCAAAACAUUUGUCCUCCAUGGUGUGUAUCCUCCUGUGGAUCUCCUCUUUCCUCCUGGGUGGAAUUAUGAGUAUUAUGGAGGUCUUUGGAAAUUACAUACCCCUCAAUUUCCAUUUCCUUGUGACUGCUAUAGUUUGCCUUCCAUUGAUCACAAUCUCUACUGUGGUCCUUUUCAUCAAAGUGUGUCUUAAAUUGAAACAAAAGAAUCAGGGUCGGCUUUUACUGAUGAUUUUAAUUACUCUUCUCUGUUUCCUCAUCCUGGCCUUUCCAUUAAGUGUUUUUGCGGUGAUUUGUACUUUUUCUAGUAAUGAAGCUGUGAAUCAACUGGAACAUUGGAUUUGGUGUAGCAUACUGUUUUCCUGCCUAAAUAGCAGUAUUAAUCCAGUGAUCUAUUUUCUAGUUGGGAGAAAAAAAGGAGCUCAGUCCAAGGAGAGCAUGAAGGUCAUUUUGCAAAAGGUCUUCAAAGAAGGUGAAGUUACUGGAGAGAGAUAG